UAGCUGUAAACGGAAGUACUAAAUCAUUCAAAUCAUUUUUAUUUUAUGAUUCAAUUAUCAGGGGCUUAAGAAUUUUACUAAGUCAGCCCGGGAUCUCGUCAUGCGAUUGCAGAAGGUCGACGGUGACAAUUACCCUGAGACACUCUGCCAAAUGUUUAUUAUAAAUGCCGGCACUGGAUUUAGAUUGUUGUGGAGCACUGUCAAGUCUUUUCUUGAUCCCAAAACAACUUCAAAGAUCCAUUUUCUUGGAAACAAGUAUCAAAGCAAACUACUCGAAGUAAUUGAUGCCAGUGAGUUGCCAGAAUUUCUUGGAGGUACCUGCUCAUGUGCAGAUGAGGGAGGCUGCCUUAGAUCUGAUAAAGGGCCAUGGAAAAAUCCUGAAAUAUUGAAGAUGGUUCUCAAUGGUGAACCACGCCGGGCAAGGCAAGUAGUAAAGGUUCUCAACAGCGAUGGGAAGGUUAUUGCAUAUGCAAAGCCUCGAUACCCAAUGGUAAAAGGAAGCGAUACAUCUACUGCUGAAUCAGGGUCAGAAGCUGAAGAUAUAGCUUCUCCAAAAGCAAGGAAGAGUUAUUCGAACCUUAGGUUGACCCCUGUUCGUGAGGAAGCUAAGGUGGUAGGAAAGACAAGCUUUGCUAAUAACUUGUCCGGGUAUGAUGAAUACGUUCCAAUGUUAGACAAACCUGUUGAUGCUGAAUGGAAGAGGCAGGUAUCUCUACAGAGGACUUAUACCUUUAAAGGAACACGUCCUCUUCCUGACAUUCAGAAUACUCCAGAAGGGGUUAAAGCUCGGAUUUGGGUAGCACUGACUGCCUUUUUCUUGAUGGUAUACCUUAGACAGCGCUUUUGUAAAAAGCGCUGUCUAAGAGAUUAUAACUUUAAGUUCAACUUUAAGAAUGCAACAAGUGUUUUGUCGUUCAUUGUACUUUCGGGUUGA